CUCGCAUGGCUAGCUAAAAAAAAUUGCAAUUGUAAAUUUCAGAGGAGAUAAUCGCAUAAUUGUCCGAGUCGUCGAUUUGCAAAUUGGCUAAACACUCACGUAAAUAUCCCUUUGACAAAGUUGGACAUUAACAAAGAGGUGGAUAUAAAUCUGAGAGUAUAUAGACCGCAUUAUUAACAAGGGUUGAAUUUCGUCAUCUAUUGUUAGUUUUGUAAAACCGGGAUAUAAAUUAAAAAGUGCAAGUGUAACGUUCACGACGACGGGGUCUUCUGACAGAACGAUGGAGAAAGCGGAGGGUUCCUCGCUCAAAAGUCUCCUCGGCUUCUACAGCCCCAGCUAUGCGCCCGAUGACCCAUCCAUGAAUGUCUCAGUAUACAGUAGCGGAAUAUCAAAACUGUCGCCAUACCUCAAUGUUGACCCGUAUAUCAAUCAAGAGCCGGAAUAUAUCCUCCCCGAAGGGGCUAACCGACAGAGAGGUCGCUUUGAAUUUGCCUUUGGGACCAUAGGAUCCGGUGUAAUGGUGGGCGGUGCUUUUGGUGGCAUAAAUGGUUUAUACACCGGAAUAAAAGCGACACAAGGAAUGACCGGAAAUGUUCGUAGAACCCAGUUAAUUAAUUACGUGAGCAAGACGGGCGCUUCAUCAGCCAACGCUUUAGGAGUGAUAGCAGUAAUGUAUUCUGGUUUCGGGUGUUUCCUCAGCUGGUAUCGUGACACGGAUGAUGAUACAAAUACUCUGGCAGCUGCGACCGCUACUGGACUGUUAUACAAAUCUUCUGCCGGCUUAAAAAGAAGUGCAAUUGGGGGAGGAAUUGGUCUGGCCCUUUCAGCCGCUUACUGUUUGUGGAGAAGAGGUGACAAGGAAGGAAGGUCUAUAGUUAACUAUGUUGGAUCCAGACACACCUCAUCGUACUAAUAACUUCAAAACGGACCUAGUCGUAGUCCCUGAACUUAUAGUAUCUGUGUAUUUGUCGCGUGUGUGUCCCAAUAUAUGUGACCUACAUAUUGGGAGGAUCGGUUAUUAUUUUUUACAACGAUCCAAAAAAUUGUUAAGCAAUUAAAAUUUUAUUUUAGUAUGAAUGAUGUAGAUACUGAUACGCUCCAAAAUCAAUAAUACAGAGAAUCAGAUACUAUUGUUGUAUGUUCUCUCUUUACAAUUCACCUUAGGAGGGGAGCUUGCGAGCUCCCCUCCUUAGUUUCGAUAGGUGGAAUUUCGUAGGCGGUUGAACUUAGUUGAAGUGACUCCCUUGAUAUGUACUUUCAUCAUGUUAUUUCUUUCCUGUUACUGGUCAUCGUCGUCUCGUCACCAUCACUCUGGAUUGCAAAUACAUAAAUUUUGUUCGGCAUUGAUAAUAAAUACAUAGGAUGAUAAAUAUAUAAGAUAAUCAA